AUGCCUGCCACGCUCAAGGUCCAGCAGCCGCCCGUCUAUCGCCCGCCCGCCUGGGUUGCGGUCUGGUUCGUUGUGUCGACUCUGCUUGUUGCGUGGGACACGGGCUACGUCCUCCUUCGACCUCGGACGAUGCCAGGCGGCGACCUCUUCUGGUUCUGGAAGCCGUACGAGCUGUACGCCAAGACGGAUCUCGUCUAUGGAUUGAAGGCGUUUGAGACCAGGGAGGGCUUCACCAGCGCGCAGUCAAUCAUGAACAUCGCCGAGUCGGCGCUCAACAUUCUCUACUUGCUCCUCUCGGCGCGAGAAAGCCCUGUCGCCGUCCUCGUGGGCUUUACGGCGACGGUCAUGACGGCAUCGAAGACGGUGUUGUACUGGCUCGUCGACCAGCAAUCUGGAUGGGGCAGCACCGGCCACAACACUCCGCGCGACUGGCUCGUCCUUUACGCCAUUCCGAACGGCGCCUGGAUCGUCUUCCCAACUCUCCUUGCCGUCAUGUUCUACCAGCAAAUCGCGCGCAGUCUCCGAGUCGCGGCAAAGACCAAGACGCUGUAG